UACCUGAGUUUCGGUGUGCAAAGGGGAAGGGCAAACCGAGCGAGCAACACCAGCUCUUUAGAGUUCUCCGAGAUAAACGUACCUCUUGGUGUUGUUCUCACCCACUUUCGUCGAGGUGAUUAUCGAUUAACUUUGUUUUGAGAGUCUGCAGUGGUUUGGGGGGGAUUUGAGGAGGACGCACACGGUUUUAUUCGUCAGCAGGCCGACGAGGAAAGACUUCUUCCACUUCCUGGUUUACUACAGCCAGGAUGUCGGUCACCCCUCGACGUGUGAGGCUGAAACCUUGGCUGGUCGCUCAGGUAGACAGCGGGCGAUACCCGGGUCUGGUGUGGAUGGACCGUGAAAACAUGCGCUUCAAGAUUCCGUGGAAACACGCCACACGCCACACACCCCAGCACGAGGACGAGGACACCAUAUUUAAGGCGUGGGCCGUGGAGACCGGGAAGUUCCAAGAGGGAUCUGAUGAACCUGAUCCUGCAAAGUGGAAAGCUCAGCUUCGAUGUGCCCUGAACAAAAGCCGAGAGUUCAAGCUGGUCUAUGAUGGUACCAAAGAGGUCCCCAUGAAUCCUUUGAAGAUCUAUGAUGUCUGCGACAUCCCACAGCCCCUCAGUAACCAGGGCUCCUCAGACGCUGGCUCCUGGACUCCGCAUGAUGAAGAUGGUGGUGAGGAAGAUGUUCCAGAUACACCAGAGUCUCUCCCUCCAUACCCAUCCAACGGCACCAGUCCCUCUCCUCUCAUUAUGUGGUCUCCUAUGAGCGCAGAUUCCUCCCUGCAGCCUUCCAGUUGCCCCCCUUCAAAUGAGGUCUGGCCUAAAGAGGAGCCUGUGGAUGUGGAGAUGCACCCCACACCCAUGGUCGACAUGCCCCCUGCUCCUCUGUCUGAUCACUCACUGCAGCCCCCUCCUCUACCCGACGCCCUGUUUGCCUCUCCAGAAACGUGGAUCAGUUCCCUCCCGAUGACUGACCUGGAGGUGCAGUUCCUGUACAGAGGGAAGGAGAUGUGUCCCACAGUGACCGUCAGUAACCCACAGGGCUGCAGGCUGUUCUACGGGGACCUCGGCCCCAUGGUCAACCAGGAGGAGCUGUUCGGGCCGGUGAACCUGGAACAGCUACGCUUUCCGACCACCGAGCACAUUCCCAACGACAAGCAGAGGGUUUUCACUAGCCGCCUGCUGGAUGUGAUGGACAGAGGCCUAAUCCUGGAGGUAAGCGGCCACGAUAUCUACGCAGUCCGCCUCUGCCAGUGUAAGGUGUACUGGUCCGGUCCUUGUGCUCCAAAUCAAGCUGCACCAAAUCUUAUUGAGCGCCAGAGGAAGAUCAAACUCUUUUGCCUGGAGUCUUUCCUCAGUGGAGUGAUAGCCCACCAGCGUGGCCAGACACCAAGCCCUCCUUCAUUUGAAAUCAACCUGUGUUUUGGAGAGGAGUGGCCCGAUGGAAGGCCCAAGGAGAGAAAACUGAUCAUGGUUCAGAUCAUUCCAGUGGUGGCACGCAUGCUGAGCGAGAUGUUUUCCGGAGACAACACACGAUCCUUUGACAGCGGCAGCGUUCGCCUGCAGAUUUCAAUCCCAGAUAUCAAAGACAACAUAGUGGCCCACCUAAAGCAGCUGUACUGCCUGCUGCAGACCCACCAGGGCCAGGAUGGCUGGGCUUUGCCCCCUGGUUCAGGCCUGAGCAUCACCCAGGCUCUGCAGACACAGUAAAGCAGUCCGCACUGUGAACUAUAUCAUUUAUCGGUUUAUGUUUCACACUGCUACUGAGGGUUACCUACUGCUAGCAAAGAAGUACUUAUGUGUUAUCAUAUUUAGUAGUGUGCACAAUAUGCUGUAGGAUUCGUACGCUUUCCAGCUUUCUCUAGAAUAAAUGUACUGUGACUAUGCUUUUCUGUAGGUAGAAAGAGUAGUGCCUGGAGGCCUGCAUUACUCUGCAUUAUGUGUGCAGGGACCGUAGACUGCAUGGGCCAAAGUCCUGCUUGCUGCAAUAGAACAUUUAACAUGGUUAAUGAGUUACAGAAAUUGCCCCGUGCCUUAUUUAUCUAAAACGGGUGAGUGAUUACCAAACUUUCCUAGAGUCAAGAAACAGGGCCCAGUGAUUUUUUUUUUUUUUUUUUUUUUUUAAUCUUGUGACCUCAUGUAAACUUUUUUGACAUCUAGCACAGCAUGAUCUUUGUAUAUUUGGGACAACAUACAGGCACAUGUGAAUGAAAGCAUUGCUGGUUUCUUCUUACAUUCAUUAUGGCUAAACAGUCCCGCUGUCCUCAGUGUGUGAGAUCCCACUAUCCUGCGAGCGCAUGUGUAUAUAAGUGUUUCAAAUUACUUCACAAAUGACAACAAGUCGUCCCAUUUGACAGAAGUAUAUGUUUUCGGGUCACCUGGCCUGCAGUUUUGUUCUCAGUUGUUUUUAUUGUUCCAUUUAUAUUGUAGGAUAUUUUUGUAUUCCCAUCUUUGAUUUUAAGCCAUUUAUUGUAUCCAGGAGGCCAUUUAAGUAGACAACAUUCAGCAAUGUGGAUCUGUUUUAAUAUGGAUGCCACUGCACUUUGGGGUGCUGAAUUAUGUUUUAUGCCCAGAGUGCAUUUAUCCUAUGAUUGUUUAUUUAAUCAAUAAAAUCAAAAUAACAUUGGA